CAGAUAGUGAAAGCUAGAGCUUCGUUGACACAGGAGUUGCAGAACAGAACCAAGGCAAAGCCAGAACAAGACUGGUCUGGAAGGGACGCGUCAUAUUCAAAUGACAUAGCUAACGUAUCACAUGAGAGAAGCAAUUCUGUUCCUACUGAUGCUCAAUCUGAACCUGUGCCCCUUGAGACAUCUGCCAUCAAACAAACCACUUCGACGGAGGAUGCUGAUAUUGAGACAGAGAAGCACCAAGUGCACAGUACUGAAAUCCCAAUCAUAGACAAAUCUGUCAUUGAGGAAGGGCCAGUAAACUCAGCCAAAGAACAAACUCUGCAUUCUGAUGCUUCCUCUAGAGUGUUGGUAGAACAAUAUGAAGAUGAUGGUGAUGAUUGGUUGAAGGAUGAAAGCUCAGAGAUAGUCGGUGCUGGAGGAACCACUAUCCCUGUUGAGAAUGAAGAGGAUGUGUCAUUCAGUGAUCUCGAGGAAGAUGAUGGGGAUGUUCCGACAAGUUACAAGAAAAUGACAUACGGAUCCGAUUCGUCGACAAAAGAGUCGCGAGAUUGGGUUCAGUUGAGCAGGAGCUCAAGUGACUCAACUAAGGAUGUCAAUGCUGUUAGUGUUGAACGUGCUGGAUCGCAGCAGGUAAGUGCCCAUAAUCCUCGGAUGAAGGAAUCGAAUGACUGGCUUGACGUUGAUGAGAUUGAUAUAGAAUAGAGUCACUCACUCUGAAAGAUGUCUCUCAAUAAUGCAUUAUGUGCUCAUUGCCUACUAUCUCAAUGUUGUGAAUAGAUUUUACUUGUUUCUUCAGUCUCCUUUUGAACUCUGCAAAGUGUAUUUUUGUAUAUAAAACCGGAUCAUGAAACUGGAUGUUUAUUUAUCAUAAGUGCAAUUACAUGUAAUGGUGAUGUCUAAAAAAUGUGAGAAAAUUUGUCACAGCAAUAAUUCAUGUUAUAUUUAUAUGA